AGGACAUCGUACGGAUACACGGUGGUCGGAAGAGUAUUUUUCGCCUUCAAAAGUGGGUGGUGGUGCAACGCCUGCUAAGGGCCAUACCAAAGAACUUCCUCUACUUCCUGCUCAGCUCCCGUUUUAGUGAGCGAGGUGGUUCCGCACCUUCGUGAGUGACUCCUUUAGUGCGUUUGUAUCUGUGUGGUGUAUGUGAAUCUCACAGUUUAUGCAAAAGUCUGUACGUGCGCACGAGCAACGCGACAACGUGAUCGAAUCGAACCAACGGUAGCGGACACCGAAACGGUUCAAUAAUCUUUUCCAUCGCAGCACCCAGAAGGCGCGCUGCCGAUAUAGCAAAGUUUAUCCUCCACCCGGUAAAGGACGCGUGAGAAUUUAAUCCAAUUUAAGUUCUCAGUUCGCCGCCCUCAAAAUCGACCGAAACCAGGUGUUGAGAUUCGUGGAGGAACGCAGCGGCCACGAUGAGUAGUGCUUCCUCGUCAACUGCGGGAAGCAACGCAGGCGGAGCACCGGCCGCUGCCAAUGGGCAACCGGGUGCAGCGGACGGAAGUGCCGGAAGCGAUGGAAGUGGCAAUGUCGAGCAACCUGGCUCGUCGGCCACGCAGCAACGUAGCGCCAACACCACAGGAAGCGGACCAGGCACGGUACGCCGGAAGGCGAACGUGUGUCUCAUCUGCGGUAUCUACACCAAUCUGUCGCUCAACAUCUUCGAGCCACGGAACGGGCCCAACAUUAUCGAUGUCAUCUACGAGAAGUACAAAUUUCGGGCCGAACGAGGUGAUAACGCGGACAAACACAUCUGCUUCAGCUGCAACAACUGGCUGAUCAAUUGGUACUCGCUGCAGAAUGCGUCCGGCUCCCGGACGUACGAGCCGGCCCCAUCGACCAGCCGCUCGUCGGACAGCAGCAACAAUCGGCACAGUCACAAGCGAACAAGACAUUCCCGGGGGGGUGGCGGAGGAGUUGACAAGGAAAACCAGCGGCAACCCGAUCUCAGCCUGCGGUCGGCUGCUGCCACCAUAGUGGAACAGCACGACCAAGUCUCCUCGACGACAGUGCCCACCGGUGGCGGGGAUAAGGAACCGGAUGUGCUUAUCGUAACAAAAGUACAGCCACCCAAUACCAAACGGAUGCGCCAUGUUGGGUCCUACAAGCGUUUGGUGGCCCUGAAAGAAAGCAACAGCCAAGUGCUUCCACUGGCCAGUGCCGGCAUGCGACGGGCCGCUCAGCCACCGGCUGAAGAUGUGGCGGAAGUGACAAGCACCACCAGCCCCACAGCCGACCCGUGUACGGUGAUACGCAGGGUGUUCGAGGGCCAGCUAAUCCGGAUGCUGCAAGGGCAGGGUACGAGCGUUACCCGAGAAGUUGUCCCACUUCCUAAAGGGAGCCAAUCUCAACCACAAGCCCCGCCUGCCUCCGUGCCGUGCGUUGCCGGCAGUCCCCAUAUCCCGACCGGUGGUGUGGAUGUGAACGGGAAUGCCAGGGAUGAUCCGGAUGCCACAAACAUUGACAUCGUUUUAAGCUUCAAUUCUACCAUCUCCGAGGUGAUGAACGUGGUGCCAUCGUUGAAAGCGCUUCAACCAAACUCCUCUCCCGUUGAUAAUGACGUGGAUAACGAAGUUGCGGUUCGAUCUUUGCUGAGCGACCGUCGUAAGAAAUACGUAGGGCUCACGGUGUCGGUCGUACGCGAGCAAAGUGGUUCCACCGGCCAGUAGCAGUACCCAGCGACCAGCCAUCGUACGCCCGAUGCUGCCGGUUUCAGGCCAAUUUUGUCAUCCGAAAAUCCCCAAGCAUCGGGAGAACGCUUUUGAACGUGUCAAUAUCGUGAGGAAUCAUCGUUAGUUGUUUAGCAAAAUCAAUCAUGUCCCAAUUAUUCCUCGUGGUGAGGAUAAUCAAUAUCGUUGCCCAACGUAUCGCUUUAGCGUGGGUUGGAGUGGAGUUUUAGUGUAAAGCAUGGCAAUUGUUACAACUAUUAUAUAGGGGAGAGAACUAUAGAACUACCCAGUACAGGGUCGCAAUGUUUAUUAUGUGUCCAACAAGGCUCCCUGAAAGCCCAGAUUCGGUUCUGCAGAUUAUGGUUGAUAGCCAUAAAUCGGCGUCGUUUGAUUUUUAUUCAUUUCCACUUCGUUCAUCUCCAUCUUUCCUCCAUCCGGUAUGUGUUAUGUUUUUUGCGAAUUUAUGUUUUCGCUUGAGCUUUUAGAAUAUUUCGAUCUCAAUUCGAUUCCACUUACUAAAGACGCUAAUAAAUUAAUGAAACGUAUAUGAAUAGCCGUAUUUACUUUAUAUGAAAUCCCGACGCAC